AUGAAUAUUGAAGUGCUGGAGGAGAAGCUGUAUGCUGCAUGUUUGAAAGGAGACGUAGAGAAGCUGGAGGCACUGAUGAGAGAAGAUGAACUCACACUUGCUCGAGUCUCAGUAUCUUCUUGUUUUAACCAAACAUCCUUGCACUUAGCUUCCAUGUUAGGCCAUUUUGAAUUUGCUAAGUCUCUCCUUUCUUAUAUGCCUGCUUUCGGUAGCAGGUUAGAUUCACAAGGCCGUUCUCCUCUUCAUUUGGCAUCUGCAAACGGAUAUGCUGAUAUCGUUAAACUAUUGUUAUUAGAGCAUGAUCAGAAGAUAUGUAGUGUUCCUGAUGAGGAUGGAAGGACCCCCCUCCAUCUUGCUGUAAUGAAUGGUCAAUAUGAGUCUGUUAGUGAGUUGAUAAAGGUCGAAUCUAAUUUGGUUGAUCAAGAACUUGGAAAAGUACUGCACUUGUGUGUUACGUAUAAUCGUUUGAGUAUUCUCAUUCUUAUAUUAGAAUCAACUAGCCAGGAUUUGUCAAACAUUAAAGAUGACAAUGGAAACACUAUUUUACAACUUGCAACAUCUCUGAGACGGACUCAGAUGGUAAAAUUUCUGGUGAAGAGUAGAAGUGGAGUGGAUGUUAAUGUAGUAGAUGAGAAUGGUCUCACGGCUUUGGACAUAAUUGAGCAGAUGCCCAAGGAUGUGAAAUCCAUUGAAAUUAAGGAGCUUCUUACCUCAGCAGGUACUUUGAGGGCUAAAGAAAUUCAGGAGGCAUCUUGUAGGACACCUAGGGGAUCUCCUUUAAACCUAGGGGUAGGCGGCCAAGUAGUAAAUGUGGCUGAAGCAGCAACCGGCAGCAAUAGCAAGCCGGGAAAGUUGUGGAAUAUGGUAAAAAAAUUUACCAUCUUUCAAGAGAAAAAGGAAAAAAGAGACGAGCCAUUACUUGUAGCAGCAUCUGUAAUGGCUGCGAUGGCUUAUCAAGCAGCUAUUAACCCUCCCGGCGGUGUGGCUGCAAUGGAUGCCGCAGAAAUAUCAGAUCCUUCUUCUACCCUUAGCAAGAAAAUCUAUGAUCUUAAACCGGGGCAUUCUCUUCUGGCCUACUUUGAACCAGGUAGGAGUGAUGGUUUUUGGGUAUACAAUACCAUCUCAUUUGUGGCGGCUCUAAGUGUGAUCUUUUUAUUUGUAAGUGGCGCAAAUCUUAAAAGGAAGUUAUAUGUUUGGCUUAUUCGAGCUGCGGUCUGGCUAACUCUCUCAUCGAUGACUUUCGCCUAUGUAAUUGCAGUUCAAGCCACCAGUGUCGAAGCUGAUAGCCCCACAAUUAUUGCACUAAUUAUGGGACUUUAUAUAUGGAUAGGAAUGAUUGCUGUUUCCUUUCUAGUAGUUCUUUAUCGCUCCGCCAGCUACAUGGUGAGAAAAAUAUAUAAGAAUAUCAGUAAGUUGAAGAAAAUCACAGCAGAAGAUACGGCCAACUCCACAAAUUGUACGAACGUCUGA